AAUCUUCACAACAUUUCACCUCUCUCUCUCAACUCUCAACCACUUGUGUAGCUAGAAAGUAACUCAUACUCAAACAAUGAACACAUCCUCAUCCUCUGUAGAUUCAUGGGGAAUUACUAUUGCAGCUGUAACAACAGCAUUGCUUCUUCAACUAACCUUCAUUUCAUCACUUCAUGUUGACAGGAUUAUUGAGUUACCAGGACAACCCAAAGUUAGUUUCCAGCAGUUUUCUGGGUAUGUACCAGUUGAUGUAAGGAAUCAAAGGUCUCUCUUCUAUUAUUUUGCUGAAGCUGAAAUCGAACCUUCUACGAAACCCCUUGUUCUUUGGUUAAAUGGAGGUCCUGGUUGUUCUUCCUUGGGUGUUGGUGCAUUUUCUGAGAAUGGUCCUUUUAGACCAAGUGGUAAAGCUUUGAUCAGAAAUGAACAUAGCUGGAACAGAGAAGCAAAUAUGUUAUACUUGGAAACACCAGUAGGAGUUGGAUUCUCAUACUCAAAUGAUACCAACAAUUAUGUCAGUGCUGAUGACAAAAUCACAGCCAGGGACAAUUUGGUGUUCUUGAAAAGAUGGUUUCUGAAAUUCCCACAGCACAAAAAUAGAGAACUGUUCAUCACAGGGGAAAGCUAUGCCGGUCAUUAUGUGCCGCAGCUUGCAAACUUGAUGAUGGAAUUCAACAAGAAGGAGAACCUCUUCAACCUCAAAGGAAUUGCUCUCGGAAACCCGGUACUAGAAUUUGCAACUGACUUUAACUCAAGGGCGGAAUACUUUUGGUCUCAUGGUUUAAUAUCAGAUUCAACAUUCACAGAAUUCACUUCAUCUUGUAACUAUUCUCGAUACGUUAGUGAGUACUAUAGAGGUUCCGUUUCUUCAGUUUGUUCAAGAGUGAUGAGCCAAGUGAGCAGAGAAACCAGUAAAUUCGUAGAUAAGUAUGAUGUUACACUCGAUGUUUGCAUGUCUUCGGUUCUCUCUCAGUCCAAAAUCAUUAGUCCCCAACAAGUGCCAGAGAGUAUCGACGUUUGUGUGGAAGAUGAGACGGUGAAUUAUUUGAACCGUAGAGAUGUUAAGAAAGCACUCCACGCCCGUCUUGUUGGCGUUCGAAGAUGGGAAGUUUGCAGCAAUGUUCUCGACUACGAUUUACUUAACAUUGAAAUACCUACAAUAUCCAUCGUGGGUUCACUUGUCAAGGCCGGAAUUCCUGUCUUGGUAUACAGUGGCGACCAAGAUUCUGUUAUCCCAUUGACAGGGAGUAGAAAACUUGUCCAUGGGUUGGCAAAGCGAUUAAGAUUGGAGACAACAGUCCCAUACAGAGUUUGGUUUCAGGGGAAGCAGGUUGGUGGAUGGACUCAAGUUUAUGGUAACAUUCUGUCUUUUGCAACAAUCAGAGGAGCUUCACAUGAAGCUCCAUUCUCUCAGCCGGAGAGAUCACUUGUGUUGUUCAAGGCAUUUUUGGAAGGAAGGCCUUUACCCGAAGUACUAUUCUGACCCUCACUCAAUAAGUAAGUCCAUAUUAGCCACAUAGGGUCUUAAUCACAAUGUAAUUAGAGCUUGGGAAGAUCCUUUUUAUUAUAGUCAUAAGGUCUAAUGUAAUGAUAAUCAAGGGGGGUAAGAAAAUGUAUAAGGGAAAAAAAAAGUUUUUUGUGUCUUCAUUUUUAGUUUUUUUAUUGUGUUGGUUGGUGUAAUUGAGCUUUGAGUUUGAACGAUUUUUGUAAAGAAUCCAUGAAAAGAAAGAAGAUUUUCUGUUAGAAUUUUACU